GGACUAUUAUUGCGGAGGUGACAUUAGCGAGCGAUUCUUCGGAAUAACCGUGUUUAUGCAUCUCGUUAAUACGUGUGGCUUCCUCGACUCAGAACCAACAGAUUCACCGAGGACCCAUUCACCGUGGAAUCGGGCUCUAAAAAGAAGAAAAAUAUCGAAUCAUUCCCCGAAAUCCUGUGUUUCUGCAGAGUCAUGCUUAUCGAGUCUCGUAAACCUCAGCUUGAUCAAAGAGAAAGCAAUCAGCUUUACUCUGGCCGGUUUCAAGAAUCUCCACCGAUGGCGGGUCAUUAAAGGUUUCCUUGGAGAAUCCCAUCCAACUGACGCAAAUGAGGAACACAAAACUAAAAAACCGCUGUAAUAAUCCUGUCAAGGAUCAAGCUUGAGAACUCGACUAAGUUCGUACGCAGGAAAGGAGCUGGUAGAAAAGAUCCUGGAGAACCAUUUCAACCUGUAACAAAAGAAUGAAGAUAUAAUCUCUGCGAAAGUGACUGUAAUCAUUUAAUCCUCAAUGGUGGAAGUUGGAUCAAUGGCAUUCAAUUAUACUAAUAUACCAUUUGUUCCAAUAUAUAAUUACCACCUAUCUAUGAAAAUUAAUUUGAAUUUUACAUAC